GAAGGCAGCAGCAGCAGGGAAAGAAGAGAGAGACGGAGUAUAAAGAGCCCCGGGACAGAGACAGGACGAGCCCCCAAAUCCGCCCUCCUCUCCUCACCGCCCGAGACACACACACACACGCAGGGGCGAAGAGAGAAGGGGGAGAGAGGGAGAGGUUUCUCCGCUCUAAAGCCUUCGACAUUGCCUUCAAAGCUCUCAAAUCUUUGCGUCCUCCACUUGUACUUCCUUGCUCCCUCUUUCUUCCAGCAUUGAUCAGAUCGGGAGCUUGAGGAGAUUUUUUCUUCGGUUUUCGGUCGAGAGUAGCGGGAGGGCGUGGAUUGGGAAGUGCUUCGGGCGAUCGCGGUCGAAUGAGAGUGGAGGCAGGUUGGUGCAGAUGGGUGGAUAGAGUGGGAGAUGAGUUUUGAGGACUUAUUAGGUCAACGAAGAAAUCUAAGGAGUGUGUUCCAGUGUUCCUUACAGCUCUAAGGGAUUUCUGCUUGGCUCUCUCAAUUUCUAAAGAUUUAUCAUUUGGGCAUAAGAAAAUACAGGUCUUUUAGUAGGAUAAAUCACAAAUGAACACAAACCGACAGAUGGAGGUUCAUUACAUAAACACCGGAUUUCCUUACACUGUCACAGAAAGCUUUAUGGAUUUGUUUGAAGGUCUCUCAUAUGCUCAGGCUGAUGUUGCUUUUGCAGAAGCUUUUCAAGAUCAGGGAAAUCCAUACUGGUCAAUGAUGCACACAAACUUGUAUAAAUAUGGAUUGUCUGGUUCAGGCAUUAAUAAUUCUUAUUACAGCUUUGACCAUGCCUAUGAGAUAAAUGAUUACACACCCGGAUUAGAUGGGGGAAGGAGGACUUGGGACAACACAACAACAUUGAACAAUGUUGACUCACCACCGGUUGUUGUGCAUGGAAGUGUCAAUGCUGAUGCAAGUGCAAAUCCUAGCACCGAGGAAUGCAUUCGAGCAAGCCAUAAUGCAGGUGGUCCUCAGGUGAUUUGGCAAGACAAUAUUGAUCCAGACAUUAUGACAUAUGAGGAAUUACUAGAUUUGGGUGAAGCUGUUGGAACGCAAAGCCGUGGUCUUUCUGAAGAACGCAUUUCUUCACUUCCAGUCACAAAGUACAAAUGUAGCUUCUUUUCAAGAAAGAAGAAACGAGGAGAGAGGUGUGUGAUUUGCCAGAUGGACUACAAAAGAGGGGAUAGACAAAUGAUUCUUCCAUGCAAGCAUGUCUACCAUGCUGGCUGUGUUACUAGAUGGCUUGGCAUAAACAAGGCUUGCCCGAUUUGCUUUGCCGAGGUUUUUGGUGAAGAACCCAGACACCAGUGACGCCUGGUGAGAAAAGACCUUGGAAAAGUUUUCAGCUUAUUACCACUCCUUCAAGCUGCAUCUUUCUCUCAAUGUUUAGCUUUACAACACGGAGUUUAUUACUUUCCUGUCAUGUUGUUCUCAUGUUUGUGUAGUAGAAAGACUGAUGUAGGUUAUAACGAGUAUAGGUAAUGGAACUGUGUAUUGGACCUCUUUGGAUGUAUGAUCUAUGAGUCAUUAGCCCUCCGAUCUUCCAUCCAAGAAAAUGCUUGUAGAAAUUUUAGUUUGUGCUUGUUAUUCAUUGUGAAGAUAGUGAAAGUUGGUGUGGCAUUGGUGAUGAGGCUGUAUUAAGUACAGAGAUCUAUGGUAGAUCUGACAUGAUAUUUUGUUGGUGCCCU